AUGCAACCAACAGCUUUCUUUAUUUUGGCCGGAGCAGCCUGCUCCCUAGCCUCGCCAGCUGUUAUUGCGCGUCAGGAUACUUCUGAGAAGGCCUCUCCGGUGCAGUUUGAACUCUUCUCGCAGUACGCUCAAGCGGCCUACUGUCAGGACCUGUUUAAUACGGUCGCGGGGUCGGUGGUCUGCACGGAUCAUAAAGGCCCCGUCUGCGCAAACCCCCAAGGAACCGUCACUGUCAAAGAGUUUAGCAAUGAUGCAUUUGAUACUAUCGCGGGCUAUGUCGCGGUCAACCCUACCAAGAAGCACAUUGUUGUUGCUUUCAAAGGCACGGAUCCCAUGUCCCUGGUGGAUGUGAAAUCGGACUUGGCCAAAAAUCUGGUGUCGGCCGCAGAUCUAUUCCCUGCAUGCGGCCGCUGCACCACCCACAACGGUUUUAAGAAGGCCUUUUCCAGCGUCAAGGACGCCUUGGAACAGACGUUAAAGACUGAGCUCGCCAAGACCGGGCAGGAGUCCUACCGCGUGGUUGUCACCGGUCAUUCCCUGGGUGGCGCUGUAGCCACAAUUGCAGGAGCCUACCUACGAACUCGAGGGAUCGCGUGUGAUCUGUAUACGUACGGCUCGCCGCGCGUGGGCAACCAGGAGUUUGCUGAUCUGGUGACCAAAGAUGUCAACUUCUCCGCUCGCAUUACCAACGGAAACGAUAUUGUGACAGCGGUGCCCUAUGGCUCGCUUUUUCAGCUCGGGUUCUACGCCCAUACUUUCCCGGAAUAUUGGUACAAGGCGGGGCUGCUGGGAACCUCACAGGGCUAUCAGGGGGUGGUUACCAAGUGCAACACCAGAGAGGAGUGUGCGGGCCCUACCUGUGGGAAAGCCUCGAUCCCCAAUGUGGUGGCCCUGUCAACAUGUAACGUGAGUCACCAUGUUAACUACAUCGACCCUGCGGUGCUGCCCUGCAAGGAUGUUCGCAAACCCAAGAGUGACGACCCCAGAGAUGCUCCCAUCACCGAUGAGGAGUUCCGGAAGUUUCUGGAGGAGCAGGAAAAUGAGGAGGGAGAUCAGAAAAGAGAGUAG